CACUCCUUCGGUUCCCCUUGCCAAACGGAUGCGAUCGAGCCACCACCACUUGAACACUUGAUAAGCCCCUUCUUUCACCCAACAGAGUGCCUUAGGACCAUUUCAUAUUUACAAUCAUACUCAGCAUGUCAAAUCGUGAGUACGAGUAUCUGUUCUUCCGUAUCGCCAAAGACGAUGCGAUCGCCUCCUCGGCUGCAAAGUAUAAACAGCUGCGCCUCGAGGCCCUAUCCGUCGCGCCGAGCUCUUUUUCCUCUACCCACGAGAUCGAAGCUUCCCUUCCAGAUACCGAAUGGGUGAACCGACUCUCGGAGGACGGAAGGGAGAUUUUCAUAUGCGCUGCGAAACCCCGACAAAGCAAUCAAUCGGAUUCGCAGAUCCCAGAACAGACGACGUGGAUAGGCCAGUUAACUCUACGAGGCCCCCUGCGCCCAGAAGACUUCAUUCUCCCUGAGGAAUCCGGUCAGAAGAAGCCUGCACAGGGAAGGGACCAGGAGCUUUGGCAGAUGCUCAGCUUGUUUACUCUGCCCGACCACCGUGGCCGCGGAUUGGGCAAGAGGCUGUGUCAGGAGGCCCUGAGUUAUUUGGCCUCAUAUAAGGACUCUCCCCGUGAGCUCUGGGUUCGGUUGAUGGUAAAGCCAGACAACCACGCAACUGUCGGCUUGUAUCGGGGAUUAGGAUUUGCGGAAGCGGGAAGGUGUACGCUGGCUGAGGCAAUGGUUGCGAACGGGGAUAAGGAUAUACUUCCGGAAGAUAUUAGUGGGGAGAAGUAUACUUCGAGAAGUGGAUUGAUCAUGAUCUCCGAGAUUCGUCGCUCGUGAAUCGGCUGUUCGGAUGGGUUACGAUGAAGCACUGAAUACUGAAUGGGAGGAAGAAUUGGUCAAAUCGCGCUUGAUAGAUUGACAGAAUACAACUUGACUGUCAUUUUAAAAGGGUAAUUGCUCAACCAUGCAAUUCUGAGGAUAUUUAUUCUGUACCCAGCGGUUAGCCCCGGGCAGUAGUCAAUCAGCCGACCGUCAUAUUUCGGCACUAAGCCGCUUCCAUGUAUAGAGAAAGGUGAAACUCAUUCAUGAAGUGAUAAGAUACGGCCGGG